AUGUCAGAGUCUAGCUUCUACGGUGACGACGCUGAAAAGGCUCGUUUGGAGCAAUGCGUAGCAGCUUAUGAUCCAGAGCCUUUCUGGUCUCAGAUUCACCCAAAUCUGCUCUCCACAAGACAGCACGAGAUGGAAAAACCGAUGAAGCAGGAAUGUUCAGAUCCUGACGCAAUGGAUAUAGAUUUGGACAUCAAACCAGAAUUGGACGUCCAGCCAAUUAAACCUUCAUUUCCAUCACCAAAAUCUCUACCUUCCCACAAAAGCGGUCCUAAUGAGUCGAUCGAAGACUUCUUGAUACGCCUCCCACCAUCUACAACUAUCUCAACCACAGAGCCAUGGAUUUGGAUGUAUGGACAGAAAGCCUACGAAAUCGAGAGCGGUGACACAGCAACAUUCGUGCGAAAGGGCGUAGAAAUUCUACGUGCCUUCGAGGAGAAAAGUGCCGAGUUCCGAGCAGCGCAUGAUCAGUCUCAAGCUACAACCACCGCACCCUUGACGCGAAAGUUGAAUGUUUUGCGCAAAAAGCUGCAGGCUGAUAUACUCUCCUUGGCACGUGAGACGGGUGUUACGGCUGGGAAAUGGAUGCUUUUUCCGAAUGUUCGCGAUGUGAAUGAGGCUUGGAAGAAGAUUGUUGUGGCGCUGGAUCAGCAGGAGAUUGAUGGUGUGGCUAAAGCUGCUACGGAUGAUGGGUCGGGUCAAUCACGUUUGAUCUGUGUCUAUACCUAUGAUUUUGAGGAUAAGGAGGAUUUGAAACGCGUGGUGAAGAUGUUGGUCGAUAAGGAAUUGGUCGACGUGAACGACAAGCCUAUUUACUACAAGUGUGAUGCGUACACCUAUCUCGAGAUCACGAGUAAGAAUGACUACGGGUUGAAGGCUAGUAUGUUCUCCAGUCGAGACAUAAUCUCUGGAAAAGAUUGA